AUCAAGUUUUACUAUAUUUUCAUAAAAGUCGAUUACCAUAUUUGGUGUUGGUUCAAUGCCAUCUGUCAUCUCGCCUCAGUGGCAGGAGAAGGCUAGUGGAUUCUUCUCAUCUUCAGGGGUGAAGCUUAAAGAAGCUGGGCAAUCCGCAGGAACAUUUGUGGGGGAGGUGGCAAAGGAUGCUAAAGUUAAUGUUGCUGAUGUUGCUGGGCGAGUUGGGUCAAUGGUUAAAAGUCGAUGGUCGCUUCUUCAGCAACCAUCAACUAGACAUGCUGUGCAGGAACGUUUUAUUUCAGCUGCAGCUUCAACUGGUGUAAUACUAAGAAAGGGUAUUGAGGAGACGAAGGACAAGGUUGUUGUGGGGAAGAUAAAAGUUGAAGAGGUGGCAAAGAUGACUGCACAAAAAAGCAAAACUAUUUUGACUGAUAUUGAGAGAUGGCAGAAGGGAGUUGCAAGCUCUGAUGUCUUUGGGGUUCCAAUUGAGGUUACUAUACAGCGGCAACAAUCCAGCAAGCCCAUUCCCAAUAUUUUGUGCAAAUGUGCUGACUAUCUCAUAUUAUCAGGGCUGAAUGCACAAUACCUGUUUAAAUAUGAAGGAGAUAAAAAGGUUAUUCAGCAGUUAGUUUCUCUUUACAAUCAAGAUUCGAAUGCAUCAUUGCCAGAGGGUGUAAAUCCAAUUGAUGUUGCAGCUCUGGUCAAGUGUUAUCUUGCUUGCCUUCCUGAGCCACUAGCCUCAUUUGACCUAUAUAAUGACAUAAGAGGUGCUCGGUCUAGCAUACAUGGAAUGAGGAAUGUACUGAAGAGGCUUCCUAAUGUAAAUUACAUGACGCUGGAAUUUGUCACUGCCCUUCUACUCCGCGUAUGCCAGAAGUCGGUUCUUAACAAGAUGGAUGCUCGAAGCCUUGCCAUGGAAAUGGCCCCUGUUAUUAUUUGGCAGAGGGGGCAGAGACCCGAAUUUUAUAAGGAGUUCUGGAGUCACCCACCCAGGACUCUUUCCAAGAAAAACACGGAUCCUGCUCCUGCUUAUAGUGACUGGGACAUGCUGGACGAGGAGGGUGAAGCUGCAGAUGCAUCCACCCACAUUCCCUUGGAUGAUGGCUUGCCGAUCGACUUCAGUGCCAUCGAGGUUGUUCAGUGCCUAAUAGAACAUCACAAUGCGAUAUUCACAGAUGCAAAUGAAACCAUAUGGAGAUGAAUUUUGAAAGUGUUUUAUGCUGCAUGGUCUGAUGACUGUUUAGUUUGGGACCAACUGAAGUCAAUAUUGUAAAUAAUUCUUUUUCAAGAUGAAAUGGCAAAUUCAAUCAAACCGAUAAUUGCCCCGCCUUGGAUGUGAUCAUCCUAACCAAGUUUGGGGAAAGAUUUAUCAGCCUGGGUGUGAAAAUUUUAGGAGCUGUCCAAAGACUAGAUUUAAAUUUGUUUAUAUUCUGCCUGCUGUCUUAUUCCUUGCCUGCUUCUGUGAGAGGUGUCUUCCACCCCACAUGUUGCAUCAUGUAAUCUUCAACAAACAAGUUUUACUUGCAAGGGAAGAUUUGAAUGGCUUUGGAUGUGUUUGGGAA